GCUCGUGGAGAAGCAGGGUGGGGACGAGGGGGUGGGGGCCCAGAGGGUAGGUCCCCUCCUGUGCCAGCUCCCCCCACCCCCACCCACCUACCCCAAGCCGGCUUUUUUCCUGUUAUUUGUGCUCUGGGAAAGCACGGCUAGGUUCCUGGAAGAGACGCCUAUUACCUUGGCUCUUGAGAAAAAGCGGCAGCCCUGGGACCUGGGACCUGGGCCUGCGCCUGCCCAGCCCGGCCUUGGGGCCUCAGAGCGUCUGGGCCACACUGUCCGGGAAGAGGCCCGGCCCUCGGUCAGCAGCCGGGAGAGUCACUGAGGGAUGAGGACGCCACAGGCCGGUGGAACGCACUUUCUGCUCUCGUGGCCCCGAGCGCGCGGCGCCCCGGAGCCGGGCACAGCCUGACGCCCUGACGUCUCCCCUCGCGCACGGGGCUCUGCGAGUGACCCGACCGGCCAGCUCCCUGCUGCAUGGAACGGCUGCAGAAGCAACCACUUACCUCCCCUGGGAGCGUCAGCUCCUCCCGAGGCUCCAGUGUUCCUGGCUCUCCCUCCAGCAUCGUGGCCAAGAUGGACAAUCAGGUGCUGGGCUACAAGGACUUGGCUGCCAUCCCCAAGGACAAGGCCAUCCUGGACAUCGAGCGGCCUGACCUCAUGAUCUACGAGCCCCACUUUACCUAUUCUCUCCUGGAACACGUGGAGCUGCCCAGAAGCCGGGAGCGCUCACUGUCACCCAAAUCCACAUCCCCCCCACCAUCCCCAGAGGUGUGGGCAGAGAGCCGGUCCCCUGGAACCAUCUCUCAGGCUUCAGCCCCAAGAACCACUGGGACCCCCCGGACCAGCCUACCCCAUUUCCACCAUCCUGAGACCACCCGCCCAGAUUCCAAUAUCUACAAGAAGCCACCUAUCUACAAGCAGAGAGAGUCCACGGGAGGCAGCCCACAGAGCAAGCACCUCAUCGAAGACCUCAUCAUCGAGUCCUCCAAGUUCCCUGCAGCCCAGCCACCUGACCCCAACCAGCCAGCCAAGAUUGAAACCGACUAUUGGCCAUGCCCCCCGUCGCUGGCGGUCGUGGAGACAGAAUGGAGGAAGCGGAAGGCAUCUCGGAGGGGGGCGGAGGAAGAGGAAGAGGAGGAAGACGAUGACUCCGGGGAGGAGAUGAAGGCUCUCAGGGAGCGUCAGCGAGAGGAACUCAGUAAGGUUACUUCCAACUUGGGAAAGAUGAUCUUGAAAGAAGAGAUGGAAAAGUCAUUGCCUAUCCGGAGGAAAACCCGCUCUCUGCCUGACCGGACACCCUUUCAUACCUCCUUGCAUGCAGGAACGUCGAAGUCGUCUUCUCUCCCCGCCUAUGGCAGGACCAUGCUGAGCCGGCUACAGUCCACAGACUUCAGCCCCUCUGGGAGUGAGACUGGAAGCCCAGGCCUGCAGAACGGAGAGGGCCAGAGGGGGAGGAUGGACCGGGGGAACUCCCUGCCCUGUGUGCUGGAGCAGAAGAUCUAUCCCUACGAGAUGCUGGUGGUGACCAAUAAGGGGAGAACCAAGCUGCCUCCAGGUGUGGAUAGGAUGAGGCUUGAGAGACACCUGUCAGCCGAGGACUUCUCAAGGGUAUUCUCCAUGUCUCCUGAAGAGUUUAGCAAGCUGGCCCUGUGGAAGCGGAAUGAACUCAAGAAAAAGGCUUCUCUCUUCUGACCACCCUUCCCGCUCCAUGACUGACGCUCUCCCCUGCUGCUUCAGGGCUCUGGAGCUGGGGCCACUAGACCCCAAAGCAUCAUCUCUUAGGGGAGCAGGGCAGGGGGACGGAGGUAGAGUUGGCUCCAUUCCCCAGGCAAGGGGGAGCCAAGACCUCUGCAGUGCUGGGGUUGUGGGACGUGAACUUGCUUCCCCACAAGGAGCCAGGGGCCCCCUUCCCUCCUCCCUGGUCCUCACCGCACAGGGCAGUCCGGAGCCCAGCACACACAGAGAUAAUGUUUGCACUGUCUCCCCCCCCCCCCCCCGCCACAGGAAGGUCCCCACAAGAGAGUGAGGAGAAAGGAAGGCAGCACUUAGUGGUCAGGCAUGUGGCAAACUUGACCGAUGGGUGGGUAGAACCCUCGGGCCUGCUAGGAGGGAGGGUGAGAGUGGGAAGCAGCCAGCCAGGCAGGGAGAGCCCCAGGACUCCAUGUGCACCCAAGCACGCCUCCUCACCUCACCUUGGACGGCUUCCCCUG